GUAGGGGUGGGAAGAAGGGUAUGUCGUAGAAGGGAGGUAAUGUAAUCGUCCCGCGCAACCUUUCAACACGGUUGACUGGCUCAAGAGUAAACCUUUGCUGUGAAGUUUCUAUGCUUCCUCGUCUUUUGAGCUUUCACAGGGGCUUAGGAAACCGUGCACCAGUAGCGAUGAAUUCUAUUCGUAUGUGGUCCUGUCUUCCUGUGUUCCUCAAGCAGGUCGGCAGGCACCGUAUGUGGAAACCCUUUACAGCAGAGAAAAGUGCUGUUAUGUUGUUCAGCAAAUAUCCAGUGCCUGAGCGAAGCAGCUUGCCACAGGACUUGCAAGUAGUGUUAGCAGAAACAGAAGAAAAGGCUGGCUUCCUUCCUAAUGUGUUUGCAACACUUUCCCAUCGUCCAGAAGAACUUCGUCUUUUUCUGGCAUUCUACAACAACUUGAUGGCUGAAAGACCAGGAAGUAACCUCAGUAAAGCUGACAAGGAGAUGAUAAUUGUGGCAACAAGUGCUGAAAACCGAUGCUUGUACUGCAUCAUCGCUCACAGUGCUCUUCAUAGAAUAUAUUCCAAAAACAAAAUCCUUGCAGAUCAGCUGGCAGCCAAUUGGCGGCACGCAGAACUUGAUGGCCGGCAGCGUGCAAUCCUGGAGUUUGCCAUAGAACUGUGUCAUUGCCGUAGCCCUACUCCAGCUCAUCAUCAGGCUCUGGGAAAGUGGGGCCUCACAGAGGAGGACAGCUGGGAUAUUGGUGCCAUCGUGGCACUCUUUGCCUUGUCCAAUCGUUAUGCUUUCCUUGCAGAAAUGAAGCCUAAUGCUGAGUUCCACCUGUUUGGGCGUAUUGAUCAGCCUAAAGCGUGAGUAGGGCUGAUAACGCUGCUUUAGUAUGCAUUGAGUUCCAGAGAAAUUUUAUAUCAUUUCACAGACUAUUUUUCUGGUUUGCAUUUUGCGAUCAUUGACUACCUGAGACUUAGAUGGCAGAUUUAUUAUUUCACAGUUGAUACCUAAGCUAAGAGAAGCUAAGAUCAUAUGUGAAAAGACAGCACACACUUCAGCAACUGUUGCAGUUUUCUAAAGUAUUUUUAAAGUCAUUUUUCCAUUCAAGUGGAAUGGCAAUUCAGACAAGUAUUUAAAACAAAAAUGUCUUCACUUCCUAUAAGCUCACAACUGAUUAUUUUACCAUUCCCAUGUUUUAAGAUCAUUAAACAUUGAUGUACAAACAGCAUUUAAGAGGUGAGGGUGAAAAUCGUGUAAAGACUUAACUAAAAAACACAAAACCCAGAACAAUUUUUAUCACACUGGUUUUUUGUUUUUUUUAAUUCCUUUAUGCUUUGUAAUAUUCAAAUUAAAGUUGCUAAUAGCUACACACAUAAGUAUUAAGAUCACUGCUUACCAGGUAUUAACAGUGUAUCUAGGUCAAUAUAAUUCAUACAAAGAUUUUCACUUAGGUUAUUUGCUGUACUUGACCUGACACAUUGCCUGUUGACAUGAUAGCAAUCAAGAUUAUGUAGCAAAAUUCUCAAGUUCAAGGUGUUGAUAUUUGAAGUGUAAACACAGACAAAUGAUUCUGAUCUGAUAAAACAUUAUUUGUUGAACAGUUUUUAAUCUAGGCAAUUUUUUCGUUUUUAUUCGUUACUUAGAAAAUUCAUGCUAUUCCAAUACCAACAAGCACUGAAAGAUAAUUUACUCAGAACCAAUCUGAAUUCUUGAACAAAUAUUCAUGAAGAAUACUCAGUUGUUUAUAAAAAGUGAUAUAUAAAAUAUGAACAAAUUUUUUCACGUCUAGGGAUUUUUUCCUGGCAUCUUACGUUCUUUGUAUACUAUGCUGUUUUAUUAAUUUGCUACGCUUUAAUGUGAUGCAUACCAUAUGAAACGUUUCUAAAUUUUUAUUUUGAAAUAAAGUAUGCAGAUACAAAAGAUGAAA